AUGGAUCUUGUAGGACCAUCAAAGAUAUGUUUAGGAAAAAACCAGCGACCAAUGGGUGGAGUGACACCUGCUAAAAAAGUUCAAAUCCAUGAUCCUCAGAAAGAGAAGCCUACAAAAGCGGCACCUUUUGAAGCUUUACUCGCAAGAAAAUCUUCCCCUAUUGUCGGCUCAGGUGGUAUCCCUUGUGUUAAUGAUGACGGUAAACAGUUCACCAUUAAAAAAUAUGACAAGAGUAUUCAGCAAAGCUUAAACCUUGAUUGUAAAUUUUUACCGUGUUCAAUUACUACUUGGAGGGGUCAAUUCCAAAUUCUUCAUACUGCUGCACCUAGCAAGUUUUAUGAUGGGUUUGAAGCCCAACCACCAUUCAUUGUUAAUGGGAAAGCAUUUGCAUUUUCGAGAGAAAUGCCAUCGGUUCUUCAAUUGGAGUCCGGUCCUGCUUUGAAGGUCUUGAUUGACAUAUUCCAAGAUGAUUCUCCUAAGCUUCAGGAUAUUGCACUGUACUUCUUUCCAUCAGAACAAACUGAGAGGUCAAGAAUGAACCUGAAUAGUAUAUUGAAGCUUAUGAAAGAUGAAAAAACAAUGCUGAGAAGUUAUAUUAAUGGAGUGGAGUUGCUGAUGUUUACCUCAAAUCAACUUGGCAUGGACUCAAGGGGUGCUAUUGCUGCAAUAAACGAUGGACAUUUCCUGUGGGGAUUAUUUCGCAAAAGGAAAAUUGAUAAAACUAUUGAAAGAGUACCUAAAUUGGAGCCACUUGAUAUGGACUUUGAUAUGUCUGGAGGGAAGGAUGCGAUGGGAAGAACUUGUCACCUUGGACUAGUUACACCCAAAUUGGAGUUUGAUAACAAUCUGGGUGUUCCUCCAGGCUUUGAAGAAUAA